AGCGGCGGGUCGGCGGUGCGGCCGGUCCGGGCGGUGCUGCCGGCCCCGGGAUGCACCCGAACGCCACGGCCCCGGCCGUGCCCGCCGGGCCCCUGCACCCGCACCCCAGCGGCUAUGCCAACGCCUCCAACCGCUCCGACCUGCUCCCCAAAGUGCCCGACGAGGAGGAUCUGGACGUCAACACCGACAUCUACUCCAAAGUGAUGGUGACCGUCAUCUACUUGGCUCUUUUCUUGGUGGGCACCGUGGGCAACUCCAUCACGGCGUACACGCUGGUGCGCAAGAAGUCGCUGCAGAACCUGCAGAGCACCGUGCACUACCACCUGGCCAGCCUCGCCUUCUCCGACCUCCUCAUCUUCCUGCUCUGCAUGCCCAUCGAGCUCUACAACUUCAUCUGGGUCCAUCACCCCUGGGCUUUCGGGGGAGCCGUUUGCAAGGGCUACUACUUCCUCCGGGACGCCUGCACCUAUGCCACGGCGCUCAACAUCGCCAGCCUCAGCAUGGAGCGCUACAUGGCCAUCUGCCACCCCUUCAAAGCCAAGAGCAUCAUGUCCCGCAGCCGCACCAAGAAGUUCAUUAGCUGCAUCUGGAUCGCCUCCUUCCGUCCCUCGCCAUCCCAUGAUACUUCACCAUGGGGCAAAGAUCUACGCCAGGACGGGGAUCCCGAACUCCCUCAUCUGCAACCACCAUCGUGGACACCUCACGCUGAAGACGGUCAUCCAGGUCAACACCUUCAUCUCCUUCGUGUUCCCCAUGGUCGUCAUCUCCGUGCUCAACACCGUCAUCGCCAACCAGCUCAUUGUCAUGUUCAAGCAGGCGGCCCAGGAGAACCAGGUGUGCACCAUCGGCGGGCAGCAGACGAUGCUCAGCAUGUCCAUGGAGCCCAGCCGCGUGCAGGCCUUGAAACACGGCGUGAGGGUCCUGCGUGCUGUGGUGAUCGCCUUCGUGGUCUGCUGGCUCCCUUACCACAUACGGCGCCUCAUGUUCUGCUACGUCCCCUCCAGCCACUGGACAGAUUUCCUUUACAACUUCUACCAUUACUUCUACAUGCUGACAAACGUCCUCUUCUACGUCAGCUCAGCAAUCAACCCCAUCCUCUACAACCUGGUGUCGGCAAACUUCCGUCAGAUCUUCCUCUCUACACUCACACUCGUGUGCCUGCCAUGGAGGAAGAAGAAGAAACGACUGGCCUUCACCAGGAAAUCCAACAGUAUCUCCAGCAACCACACAUUUUCCAGCCAGGUCACAAGGGAGACCACAUACUGAAGCCAAAGGAGGAAGGGAAAUGCAAUUCAUCGUGGAGUCAAAACUUGAGAGAGGCCUCUGUGACUCUCGUGCAUGGUCUCCAAGUUCACGUAACACAAAUGUGUUUAGCAAAGUCAUUUUUGUUGGAAAAAUAGGCUUUGUUCCGCCAGUAACUUUGAGGUUAUUUUAAAGCAUUGGCCUUGCCUCUUGUGAGUAAUGUCUACACAUAUUGUAACUUCAGUCUGGCAUAAAUCCAGAUGUGGUGUUAACUGGGAAGCCAAAAUAUGUUAAACUUAGGCAAAACCGUACUGCAUUUCAUCCUUUUCUCAGUGCAGAGUUGCCAUGUUCACAUCCAAGGGUUUGAGAUCACAUCUCUUGGUGGCACUGAGCAGAGAACCCAAUGAGGAGAAAGCAGUUUUGAACAGAGAGAGGGAUGUUUUUGGAGAAUGGACAUGCUCAUCUAUGGGAUGUUCAAUGGACAAGGAGUGAAAGCUCAGGGAGCCAGGUGGUUACUUUAGAAAUAUAUCUACACUUUGAGUAAUAUGACCAAGGUGCUCAAGAGAGCCACUCUGGCUCCUUGAAAUCAAAUAAGAACAGAUGAUGCCUUACCUGGGGUGGCUGUGGCCUGGGGGAAUGGGGGGCACCUUUGGCUUUAGGGCAUCCAUAGUGCCUGGCACAGCAAACGCCCUCUCUUGCUGGUUUUGGUGUCACAACACCAAUAAAUAGCAGAGUCUCUGGCAAAGUCAAGAAUGCAGAGGCUGUGCCCAGCUGGAGUGCUGAAAAUGAACAGAAAUGGAAAAUCUUAUUCUUUCCAUACAGUCAAAUCCUAUUUUUUAUGGUGGAGAACAGUUUGCUGACCUGCAUUAAGAGACGAGAAAACUUCAAGGUCAUGAGUGCUCCAGGCUGCUGAGGUAAGAGCAAUCUGCUCCAAUUCUGUGAGACCUUCAGAUUUUUCCCAUUCUUAUUCCAGUUUUACCCGUUUCCUCACCAUUUUCACAAAGCUGAUGUCUCAUAGGUUAUAGCAGCUGUAGGCAGCAAGGCUUCUUGUUUUAUCUUUUAUUUUAUUUCUUUUCACUGCCAGACCUGUUGGCACACUGAUCUGUACCCAGAAUCUUCAGGUAAUGCAAAUGGAGAACACAAGAAGGUCUAACCUGAGGAGUCUUAACUCUAAAACAACUUUUUUAACAAGCUGGAGAAACAAGAAAUUUCUCAGUUCAGGAUAGGUGGCAUGAGCUUUUCUCCCAUGUGGUUCCACCUCUAAUAGCCCUUUAACUAUGUGAUACAGCAUGUUGCUCCAGAGUCUUUAGUACCAGAAAUCACAGGGCUCUGGGACAAGUUGAAGGGCUUUCCCUGCUGUCACAUCACCAGAUGUGCACAAACCUGGAACCAACCUAUCAUCCUGUGCAACCUUUGCUGUUGAUGACCUUGUGGCCCCUUUCACACCACAGUUCAUCAGGAGAGCAGGACUUGUCUCUUUAUGAUGACAAAGUAGAAGAGUCACUUGGCUCAAUUCUGCUUUCUGGGCUUUGCCCAUCCCAUGUCACUCUUCAACUAACGAUCACCCCUGGUACCUAACAGAAAUCUCAGUGCUGGAGGUGUGGAACUGGCCCCAGUGAACUGUCACAAAAUGAUGGAGACCAGUUACUGAAUCACUGGGUGCUGGUGACUUCUCCUACAGAUGUUGUAUCAUAGAAUCAUAGAACAUGUCAAGUGGGAAGGGAUGCACAAGGAUCAUUGAGCCCAACUCCCUGGAGUUGUGAUUUAGGCCCUGUUGGGCUCAGGACAUAGAGAAAACACCCAUGGGGCAUUUCCUGUGAGUUGUUGGUGAUGACUGACUACUUCUGAGGCAUUUUAUAGCCUGGCAGUUGUACAGAGCUACCAUGGUAGACCAUCAACCGACUCCAGCCACACCAGCCAGGGAUGGGAGAUGAUUUUAAUGCCUGGUACAGAACCACUCCAAAAGAAAGGGCUCAAAAUAGAAAUCAGUGGGGCUUUAGUUUCUUCUGAUUCAACCAAACUGCAAGCUCUGUUCUGUCAUGCCUUCUUUUGAUUUCUUGUCCUGGUUGUACCAAACAGAGGGCAGAGAUUAUAUUUGAUAAAGCACUUUUGUUCCUUAUGGACUAUUGACUCCUCUUUGACAAGGAAAACAGGUAGUGGGACACAAAUAAAUAAAUUAAAAAAAAAAAGGCA